GUCAUAUUUCCUCGACACGUUUGGCAGCUGGAGGUGAAAUCAUAAAUUAAUAUUAGAUUUAGCGUGCGGCAUUGUAAUGUACAGGUUUGGGACAUAAGUUUAAAUAUUAGUUUCUGCAAGUGGAACGAAGGUGAGAAUGUAUUAUUCUGUCCGAACUGCAUGCGAUAACUAGCAAAUUGCAUGUCAUGGACUAGCCGAUCAUGACUCAGUUCCAUUACACGAGAGUAAUUGUUAAGAGCCCCGACUCUCGGUCCGAACAUUUAACACGCAACACUUGCGUUGCUGUUUUGGAAGCAUAAGGAACUUAUGUUUAAUAUCAGCAAGAAAGCAUUUUCAAAAAACGAAAUAUUAAAUUGAUACACACCUUUAUAGGGUUAUGGUUCCCACAUGGCCAUAUAUUGAUUAAGACCGUUAAAAGUGUGUAUAUUAUUUUGAUAUGAAAGUAAAGGGCUUUAUGUCGCAAUUGAGAAUCGAUUCACGUUUAGAUGGAGUAUUUGGCUGCCAGAGCUAGUCUUCCUCUGAAAAUAACCUUGGACAUAAGGAGUAAUGGCUCCUUAAGAGUACAUAUUUAUUUAUUUGCAACCUUUAUUUAACUAGGCAAGUCAGUUAAGAACAAAUUCUUAUUUACAAUGAAGGCAUACCCCGGCCAAACCCGGACGACGCUGGGCCAAUUGUGCGCCGCCCUAUGGGACUCCCAAUCACGGCCGGAUGUGAUACAGCCUGGAAUCGAACCAGGGUCUGUAGUGACGCCUUUAUCACAGAGAUGCAGUGCCUUAGACCACUGUGCCACUUAGUGUUAGUCACUGACUAACAACUAGUAAACAUUAGCUAGCUCAUGUGCAGUACUAACUCCAUAAUGGACUAAAAGAGGCUAACUUUACUCCUUAUAGUCCAAUGACCUUACAUGUUCUGUUUAAAGGUGAAUUGGCUCUGGAAGCCAAAACAGCCAAAUACUCCAUCUAAACGUAAAUGGAUUAUCAAUUCCGGUACUGUUCUACAAACAUACAUCCCUUUCAUAUCACAUCCAAAAUAAUUUCACAAAUGCAAAAUACACAUACUGUACACCGUUAAACAGUUGCAGCCAAAAGUAUUUUUCAGUGACAACACGUUUGUGGCGUCUCUCUUCUGUUUACAUACAGCAGAUAGCUAAUUAGCACAGGUAGUCGUCUAUUUAAGCAAUAAGGCACGAGGGUGUGUGGUAUAUGGCCAAUGUACCACGGCUAAGGGCUGUUCUUAGACACGACGCAUUGAGGUGCCUUAUUGUUAUUAUAAACUGGUUACCAACAUAAUUUAGAGCAGUAAAAAUAAAUGUUUUGUCAUACCGGUGGUAUACAGUCUAUCGUAAACCUAAAUGAAAACAAAAAUGCUCAUUUUUGGUCUUAAGGUUAGCAGUGUGGUUAGGUUUAAAAUGGUAGAAAUAGGCGGCAUUUCUGACUGUGGCUGUGGUAACUAGUGACAACUAGGUACGACUCAGAUAUAAAGUGGGUUUUCUCCGUUUUUUAAAUCGUAAUUAUAUCAGAACACUCGUAAUGACCUAAUCAUUACGAAACAAUCAAAUAUGCCACACGUAGCAAAUAAGCCAUUACAUUUUUUGUUAACCAAAUUCCGACACUCUUAUUGACCUCCAUACCAAAACUCCUAGUUUGGUGAGCGAAUUUUUUUUUUAAACACCACCUGCUGGAGAAGACAGAUUUUGGCCGCAGUUAUCCCUCUCGCUUCUUCCUGGUUAACCUAACGUAGCAGGCAUAAAAAUGCUGAGCGGAAUUCCCACAUCCGUUUUUCAGCGGAAAAGGAAGCUAGGUUGAAUUAGCUGUAUCCCUGAAAACCGGUUGCAUCCGGUCGUUGGCAACUCCGCUAAGGGUUGUUUUCCAUAAACACGCUGUAACAUAGAGAUAUGGCCGUGUGGGAAUUCACUAACCCUAUAAAAGUGUGUAUCAAUGUAACCGUUUUUUCCUUUUUUAUCAAGGGCUAGUGCAGUACAUUAUGUACUAGCUACAAAGACAGGUUUUUAGUUGUAAGAUAACCUUGCUGCUUGCUUGCAACAGCUUUCUUGAGUCGUUCCUAUUCCCCUAAAGUAAUGGAAAAACUUGCUGCAAAGCGAAAAAGUUCCAAUGUCCAUUGACCUUGUUGCCUGUGUAGCUAGAUAGCUAGGUGGCGUGUAUGUCUCCCUUACAGAAGGGCCAGUCAUUGCUGCUAGCUAAGCUAAAUCAAAAUGUGCCAAUGGUGAUUGGUUGGUUUACAUACUACUGUGCAACUUAUUUUGCCCAUGCCUACUUCUUUUAAAAUGGUCCUCUCCUCUACAGAUUUGUGUCAAUGCUGUGUCAGAAGAUGACCGUGCACGUGAGACCUGGCUCACUGCGGACAUUACAUCAAAUCACCUACCUGUCAUCCAGACCUCCCAUUCGAAGCAUCUCCCACGCUCCCUUUGCCUGUGACCACCACACAACACACCGCAGCCACGUCCCUCUUCGGGUGGCCACAUUACCAUGCCUCCGUCCUAGUCUGCCUCUCAAAUCAAAUGUAUGCUUUCAGCCCUGUAGACCAGCAUCUACAACCAGCGGUACAGGCUGGUAUGAGAGCCUAGCAGACUCUACUCCUGUCCAUCUGACUGAGCAGCUACUGAUAUCUGUCCAUCAGACCACGGGUCUACCAUGGUGGGCCAGUAUCGUGUGCACCACUGUGGCCCUGAGGACAGUUGUCACACUGCCACUGGGAGCUUAUCAGGCGGUCAUCAUAGCAAAGGUCUGUGUUGCAUCAAGAACCAAGCAUUAUAUUGUACAGUGUUUUUUGUUGUUGUUGCCCACACUAGUCCCAACGGGGGCAGAGUUGAGAUUGAGAAGCCCUGGGGUGCAUCUCCAUAGUCUAAAGUCAAGUAUAAUAAUAUAUUAUAAUAAUCCAUUUAGCAGACACUUUUAUCCAAAGCGACUUACAGUCAUGUGUGCAUACAUUUUUACGUAUGGGUGGUCCCGGGGAUCGAACCCACUACCCUGGCGUUACAAGCGCCAUGCUCUACCAAUUGAGCUACAGAGGACCACAUCAAGUGGCAUCCUUCCUCAUCAUAUUUCCUUCAGCUGCACAGAUGUGCAAGAACUGGCAAGUUGAAAGCACAUUUCCAGGAAGCGUCGACCAUUGGUUUCACCUAUUUUGUAAAUACGGAUGGGUGCAGGUGAAGGAAAAGAGAUGAGAGGAGGAAGCUACGUUAGACUAUUGAGAUGCACUGCUGGUGUAAUCUAUCAUUUGCUUAACAAUUUGAAAUGUAAAUGUACAGAAACAUGAUUUGAAGUUCUCAUCCAUAUUGCUGUGUGAAACAAGUGGAUCAUGAUAUAGUCACAAUGGGGAGAUUUUCUCUACUGCUCAUUCACUAUUCCACUUGAAACUUCCUCGUCUCCCAUCCUUGUCUGUUACUGAAGCAUCCCAGGAAGAUUAAGAUGUUUACACACAUUCUGGGGAACUAUGACAGGCAAUGUAAAGUCAGCCAAUGCUUCUCUGUGACUGUGCAAACAUUGCUGAGCACUUGGCCUUUAUUAAGCAUUCUUUCCCACUCCGUCCUCCUCAGCUGUGGGUUGUUUAUUUUUCCAGUUUUUUCCCCCCCAGUGUCGUCGUCUUCCUACUUUUCUUCCCCUCCCCAGUGCUGCUCUCCCACUGUGUGAGAACAAGGGUCAGCAUAUCGCUCCCCCUCCCACAGGCCUCACACAGACAGCCGUAGCAGCAAUCUACUCAAGCCUAUGAAUGUCCUCCAUGAUGAGUCAUCAUGAGAAAAACUGCUUUUUGACUUUGAUAUUUGGCUGUAAUACAUCAAGGUCCCUGACUCUUAGAGGACUUUGAGAACUAGAUUUUUAAAAAGGAGCAGUCGGGUUGAAUGUUUUGUUGUCAUAACUCAGAGAGUGCUCUUUCGUGACCAGGCUCCCUGGCUAGCCUGAUUCCCUCUACGACCCAUGUCCAGUUUUGGGUUACUAAUGUGGGCUGUGUAAUUUAGAACUUUUGGCUGCAUUUCAGGGGGAGUCCAUGUUGAAUCAAAGUUAACCCCCAUGCUCCUCUUUGCCUCCAGCUAGGUUGAAGCCCUGCAAGUGGAGAUAGCGGAGCUUGCUAAGAGGCUGCGCUACGAGAUCUCGGUGCGGGCCAAAGAGAAGGGCUGGACGGAAAAACACUGCCGGUGAAUAAAUGAUCUUUGACCUGGGCUCCUGGAGGGCUGCUUCUGGGAGCUUGGCGCCAACUCUGAAACCACAGCCUAUAAAUAUUAACCAAAACACAACACACUUCCAUGACGUUUGAGAUUUUCUUCAAAGAAAAGUGCUCUCUUGCUCUUAUCUGUCAAUGUAAUGGUGUAUGACAGUUAACUUUUUAGAUCUGGUUAGUUAUGGAAUACAAUUUAACUUCUAUGGGGAAGUUCCAUGUUGUUUAACUGAUACAUGACACUGUAUCAGGUUUCCAAUGUCAGCUAUGAUGUUUUAAAAGAAGUAACUUAAAAAAUUGAACUUCCUUAAUUGCCUGGCAUUUGGAUUCCUUUGUGUCACAUUAGAUACCAAUUCAAGAAGAACCUGAAGAGGAUAGUGUCUGAGCUGUACGUGAGGGAUAACUGCCACCCCUUCAAGGCAAGCCUGCUGAUAUGGGUGCAGCUGCCCAUGUGGGUAUGCCUCUCCCUGGCCCUGCGCAACCUGAGCCUGGGGGUGUCUGAUGCUGCCACCGGUAAACCUCCACACUCACUCAAUUAAUCAAUACAUUCACAAUCAAGUCUGUUGUAUCUUCUACAAGCUACAUAAUCACAUAUUAUUUUUUUUUCAGCGUUGCAGACAGAGCUGGCAGUAGGGGGCACUCUAUGGUUCUCCGACCUGACAUUGCCUGACUCUACCUGGAUCAUGCCUGUCUCUCUGGGCCUCAUCAACCUGCUCAUCACAGAGGUGAGGCCCUGGUCGAACUAACAUACCCGGCUUGAGCAACACCUCCAUUAGACACACAAUAUGGAAACCUUUUAGAUGAGAGCUUUGAUCCACCUAGUAUUCAGACCCUGUGGCUGCUGUUUUUACAAGAGGACACUCCUCACCUAACAUGCUUUCAGAUAGACCUGUGUUCAACUCACAAUAGAUUUCAGGUGGUGGAGUGUCAGGUUUUGGUGUAAUGAAAUACUCCAAUGUAGGCUAGGACAGAACAUACUAUCGUAGAUUAUCUACUGGGAGACGGAAAAGAUAGCGAUAUGAGAGUUGCUGGCUUGGUUCGGACUAGUUUUGUGAUAGUCACAUCUGUUUUUGAUUUAAAUGGAUACUUCAAGAUUUUGGCAAUGAAGCCCUUUAUCUACUUCCCGAGUGAGAUGAACUCGUGGAUACCAUUUUUAUGUCUCUGUGUGCAGUUUGAAGGAAGUUGCUAACUAGCGUUAGCGCAAUGACGAAGUCUAUGGUAACUGCUAGCAUGCUAGUCGAUACCAUAGACUUCCAGUCAUUGCGCUAACACUAGUUAGCAUUGGCUCGCGAAACUACCUAAUUUCCUUCAUACUGGAUGCGCAGAGACAUAAAAAUGGUCCCCAUGAGUUCAUCUGACUAUGGGGAAGUAGACCUGUUCAUUGGCAAAAUCCCAAAGUAUCCCUUUAAGCAUUUCACUGUUAGUCUACAACUGUUGUUUACAAAGCAUGUGACAAAUAUUUGAUUUGAUUUGAGUUUGGUCAUUCUGCAUCCCUCGCUGACCCAUGAAUAGAUAUUAAAAACCAGAAUGCAUUUCCCAGUAGCAAUGAGAAUGUCGAUCUUCCCCACAAACGUUUCCCUUAAGUCUAGUUUAUUUGUGUUGUCAGUUAUUUGCUCUGCGGAGGAUAGAAGCAUCCAAGUUCCAGAAGUAUGUGACCAACUUUAUCAGAGGGAUCUCUCUGUUGAUGAUCCCCAUAGCUGGCACCGUGCCCUCCGUAAGUGUGUGUGUGUCUGCAUGCUUGUAUGUGUCAGCACACGCAACCACAAACCAAGGAACCAUUUAUCCUUCAACAACAUGUCAUCACAAAAGCUGUCAAACAUGCCACAUCACUUUCCCCCUGUAAAUUAAGACAGCUAGCACAUUUCUCUAGCCAUGCCUAUGGCAACACACUCCCACUAGCGCUGAAACAAAAGACCUCAGCCACACGUUCGUCUCCUUCUUGCCCAGACAGGCAUAACCCACAUUGCCCCGUGCACCUAUCCACCCAUCGCAUUACGUAAGGGAUGGAUGAGACGAACACUUUGUUUAGAAACCCACCUAAAUGGUGAUAGAUGAAAAAACACUGAGGAUGUUUUCUCCCCGACUUCGGUGAUAGUUCCACCAAGUCCACAGACCCAUGCACAGGAUGUCUGGCUUAUCUGGGACACUGUGCGAAAGAUACACACACACACACACACAGUCGGAGACAUACACACACAUAGUAUACACUUUACAGUUGGGCAGAUGUUGCGACAGACAAACCCUGUUUGUACCUGAAGAGCCCCAUCCGGCUUUGAAAGCCCUCUCUUGCUCCUAUAGCUCCCUCUUUCCCAGGUACACUGAUGCAGCCUCCCAAUCUAGCCCCCCUCAAUCUGAUUCGAUAAUCUGGAGUGUAAUUUUGUUGUGUCUCCAUUCGAGCACCAUCAUAGUUGCAUAAGAAGCUACCGAAGAGGAACCCAAAAUACACUGUUCCAUGUGAGAGUAGGCCUUGUGAAAUGAUGCAAGGGAGACUGAAACAAUCUGAGGCUACUCACAACCUUUGGUUUAGUUAGAUAUAUUUUAGCAGGUGACGUUUCGUAUGCUUUUUCAGAUAUAAUUAUGAAGGGCUACCCGUACGCACCUAAUUUUCGAAAGCUAUUUAAUAUUACGGCUAUGCAUGCAUGGUAUUCAACUUUGCUUAUUUGCUUAUGCUGAAUGCCGAAGAUUGAUACGCUCUCCAUCUCCCUUCCUCUUUCUUCCCCAGUCCAUGGCUCUGUACUGGCUAAGCUCCAGUUGUGUGGGACUGGGCCACAACCUGCUCCUGCGCUCACCUCGCUUCCGAAGGCUGUGCUGCAUCCCCCCCACGCGCUCUGACUCGGACACGCCUUACAGGGACAUCGCUUCCUCCUUCGUCUCCAAAUACAUCAAGUGAAAUAGGUUUUCUAGCUAAUAGUAGAGAAAGAGACUGUCGCCCUCAUUCAGUCAAUCUUCACGAUGAGUUGAAGAAUCACGUGUGUUAGCACUGGGUUGGAACAAACACCUGCACUGUACACCCUGUAUCUCUCCAGAACCAGGGU